AUGACAAAUCAAAUAUCUUCAAAGUUUGACGAUGAUGAUAUUAAUGAUGAUGAAUUACUUGCUGCUUUCGAAAUAUCAUCAUUCGGGUUUCCAUUUGAACCAUAUCAAAUUCAAGUAGAUUUCAUGCGUAGUCUUUAUUCAACUCUUCAACAAUCUAAGCAUGGCAUAUUUGAAUCACCUACUGGCACUGGUAAAAGUUUAAGUAUAAUAUGUGGUUCACUUCGAUGGUUAUUUGAUGAAAUACAAUCAUGGAAAGAUGAAUACGAAGAAUUGUCAAAACCAAUUGAAAGUAAAAAUGAUUCAAGUUCGGAUGAUUGGUUAAAACGAAUAAUGAAACGUAAAGAAGAAGAAGUUAUUAGAGAGAAACGACGAGAUGAAUUAAAAGUAAAAAUUGAUCUUGAAGAUCAAUAUGCAAAUGCAUCGAAGAAUACAUUAGCUGCUAGUAUUAAGAAAACAAAACGAGAUUUUGAUGCAAAAUAUCGACAAUUAUUUAAUAGUGAAUUACUUCAAAAUUCUGAUAAUGAUUCAUCUACAUCAAAAGAUCAAUUUAAAAUUGAUAAUGAUGAUGAACUUAGUGACGAAGAAUUACUUAUAAAAGAUACUGAUAGUAAAACUUUAUUUGAUGAUAUGGAUUCACCAACAAAAACUGAUAAAACUGGUUUGCGAGAUAAGAAAGUUCAUAUUCAAAAAAUUUUCUAUUGUACUCGUACCCAUUCUCAAAUCUCACAAUUUAUUGGUGAAAUUCAAAAAACUAAAUUUGUUGAUCAAUUACGUUUAGUAGCACUUGGAUCACGUCAGAAUCUAUGUAUUAAUGAAUCUGUCCUUAAAUUAAAAUCAAUUACAUUAAUUAAUGAGAAAUGUUUGGAUUUACAAAAACAAAAAAAAGAAAAAAAAACAACGAAAGGAAAACGACAAAAAACUGCUUGUGGAUGUGCAUUUUUACAACGAGAUCGAGUCGAAUGUUUAUCAAAUGAUAUUCUCAGUGAUGUACAAGAUAUUGAAGAUGUUGUAAAACUUGGUCGUGAAUUGAAUACAUGUCCUUAUUAUGCAACACGAGCAGCUAUUGCAGCUGCUCAUUUAGUUGUUCUACCAUAUCAAACACUGAUGCAUAAAUCAACACGUGAAGCAUGUGGAAUUGAAAUGCGUGAUAAUAUUGUAAUUAUUGAUGAAGCACAUAAUUUACCUGAUGCUAUAUGUUCUAUGCAUUCGAAUGAUAUAACUGGAAAUCAAUUAAUUGAUUCAUAUGGUCAAUUAUCACGUUAUCAUGAGAAAUAUAAAGCUCGUUUAACAGCAAAAAAUUUACUAUCAAUUAAACAAUUAUUAGAUGUACAAUUAAAUUUAAUCAAAACACUUUGUUCACAAGAAAAUCUACCAAUAGUAUAUGAUAGUGAAAAAUGGAGUAAUCUUGUUAUUUCAUCAAAUUCAACUGAAAAAUCAAUAACGUUCGAUUUAAUUGAUUAUUUAUGUGAUGCUGGAAUUCAUGUUAAUCUCUUUCAACUUAUUGAUUAUAUUAAAACCAAUGAAUUAACUAAAAAGUUACAUGGUUUUAUGUCAAAAUAUCCUGUAACUAAAAAUGAAUUAUCAGAUGAAAAGAAAAUAACUGAAAGUGCAUUACAGAAAUUAUUACAAAAACAAACACAGAAACAAUUACCAGCAAAUACUCUUGAUGAAGGACAAUUAAAUAAAGAAUCUACAGAAUAUCGAAUUUCGAAUUCAUUUGCAAUUUUUGCUCAAUUUCUUCAAGCAUUAACAAAUCCACGAGAUGAUGGAAAAGUCAUUGUUACCACCAAAGAAACUCUUGGUCAAUGUUCAAUUAGAUUUUUUGCUCUGAGAACUUCUUCAUUUUUCAAUGAAAUUGUUAAUGAAGCUCGUUCAGUUAUUGUUGCUGGAGGAACAAUGAGACCGAUCAGCGAAUUUAUUGACCAUCUUUUUCUUGCUUGUGGUCAACCUGAAGAAAAAAUCUUUCAAUUAUCAUCCAAUCAUAUUGUUCCUUCAGAAAAUGUACUCGCCAUAGCUCUUCCAUCAGGACCGAAAAAUAUUGAAUUUGAAUUUACUGCUGCUAAUCGUUCGAAUACCGCAAUGAUGGAUGAAUUAGGUCGUGUUCUUAUAUUACUUUGUUCGACAAUACCAGAUGGUCUCGUGGUAUUCUUUUGUUCAUAUGAUCAUUUACAAAAAACUUAUGCUUAUUUUGAAAAGACUUUUGUAUUAAAUAAAAUUGUAGCAAAAAAGAAGAUCUUUAUGGAACCAAAACGUACAGGUGAUGUUGAUAAUAUUCUUACAAAUUAUACAAAAUCAAUCAAAAAUGGAACAGGUGGUUUACUUUUUUCAAUUGUCGGUGGAAAAAUGAGUGAAGGAAUUAAUUUUUCGGAUGAAUUAGCUCGUUGUGUAUGUGUUGUUGGUAUGCCUUAUCCAAAUAUUGGUUCAGCUGAAAUGAUUGAAAAAAUGCGUUAUUUGGAUUCAAUGAAAUUAAAAUCUACAACAACAGGUGAUAAUACCGGAAGAGCUUAUUAUGAAAAUACAUGUUGGAAAGCAAUUAAUCAAAGUAUAGGACGUGCUAUUCGACAUCGUGGAGAUUAUGCUUGUCUUCUUCUAAUUGAUAAACGAUAUAGUAAAACAAAUAUACCAUCAAAAUUACCUCAUUGGUUAGCAAAUAGUUUUUAUCAAAUGAAUAAUUUUACUCAAAUAUCAAAUUCAAUUCAACAGUUUUUUACUCGACGUUCAAAUAAUCCAACAUCAUUGUAA